UGAAGACUGGAGAGCAAAUAUUCUUUUGGUUCUCUCCAAAUGGGAAUUUUAUUUUUGGAAGGCAGCCAGCUAAGAAGAUUAUAAACCUAGUCUUUGGUUUAUCUCACACCCCCAGACUUCACUUUUAUUGACUUGUCCCCUUAUCACUGCUUUGCAGAAUCCGCCACACGAUUGCCGUCAUCUUCCGAAUCUGCCACUUUGGCAUUUGUUGGUUCAGCCAGAAUAAAUUCGGGGUUUUUUUUUUUAGCAAGCACUGUGCUAUCAAGUUUUGGUUUGGGGGGAGGGCAAAGACAAGCGCUGGCACAAACAAUGAUGGGCAUAAUGUCAAGCCGGGAAAAGUAAUUGUUCUGACACACUGAACUGGCUGUUAGGUAAUCUAAAGUGGGUAAUUCUCUGUCUUUAGCAACAUAACUAAGCCAAUGUUAAACUGUUGCACUUGAACAUUGAGGUGUUCAUAAAAAUAGAGGAAACAGAUGAAUAGAAACAAAUGGCCCUCUUUCAACUGAUGGCAAAAAACAAACACACAUUUUAUACAACCCCCCCCACACACACAUAGACACACACACACACACACACACACACACACACACAAUCUUCAGCCUGUAUAAAAAGCCGGGGACUGUGAAGAUGCUCCAGUAUGAUGUCAGCGCUGGAGAUGUUGGACUUGGCGAGAUUUCACCCUCACUUUUUCAUUGGAGCUCAGCGGAUGAAGGUGGAGGAUCAGCAUCACCAUCAUCUUCCUCCUCUCUGCUGCCUGAUGCUUUAGUUGGUGUUGCUGCUGCUCCAGGAUUCGUCUCUGCCUGGGCUUUUUCUCAUUUUGUACAUCAGGAUAAACACAUUUUUGAUCUUCUUGCUUUAUGGAAACACUUGGCUUUGCUUACCUUCAGUAGGAAUAAUCUGACGGAAGGUCUGGAAGGACAAUCCGGUUAAAUAUUUCCGCCGCCCGAGUCUAGUUUGUUUUUGGGGGCACGGAGCCGCGAAGCUGCUGUCCGCGUGGAGCGGUGCCGAAGUCUCGCGUCCGGGCGCCAGGAGCUCCGCCAAGCCGCGCGACAUGGCCACGAACGGCGCGAAAGCCUCAGACGGACACGUCCUAACAGAGGUCAACGCGGCGCCCGCGGCCAACGACAAGCCCAAGACUCUGGUGGUCAAAGUGCAGAAGAAAAAAGAGCUUCCGGAACGGGAAACAUGGGGCGGCAAGUUCGACUUUCUGCUCUCGUGCGUCGGUUACGCCAUCGGGCUCGGAAAUGUCUGGAGGUUCCCUUAUCUGUGCGGCAAAAACGGAGGAGGAGCCUUCUUGAUUCCAUAUUUUUUGACACUCAUAUUCGCUGGUAUGCCCUUGUUUCUCCUUGAGUGUUCUCUCGGUCAGUACACCUCCAUCGGUGGCCUUGGAGUGUGGAAACUGGCUCCCAUGUUCAAAGGUGUCGGCCUGGCGGCAGCAGUUCUAUCCUUCUGGCUUAACAUCUACUAUAUUGUCAUCAUUUCCUGGGCCAUUUACUAUCUAUACAACUCCUUCACUACAGAGCUCCCAUGGAAAUCCUGCAACAACCCCUGGAAUACAGAGCAAUGCUUUUCCAACUACAGCUUGGCAAACACGUCUAACAUGACCAGCGCCGUCGUGGAGUUUUGGGAACGGAAUGUGCAUCAGCUUACGGAUGGUCUGGAAAAACCAGGGGAGAUCAGAGUGCCACUGGCAAUAACACUGGCCAUCGCAUGGGUCCUGGUCUACUUUUGUAUCUGGAAAGGUGUGGGUUGGACAGGAAAGGUGGUCUAUUUUUCAGCCACAUACCCUUACUUCAUGCUGCUUAUCCUGUUCUUCCGUGGAGUUACACUGCCUGGAGCUAGAGAGGGCAUUCAGUUCUAUGUCACACCUAACUUUGAAAAGCUGAAGGAGUCAGAAGUGUGGCUUGAUGCUGCCACUCAGAUUUUCUUCUCUUACGGACUCGGCCUCGGGUCUCUGAUCGCGCUUGGGAGCUACAACCCCUUCAACAACAACGUUUACAAGGACGCCAUCAUUGUAUGCUGCAUCAACUCCUUCACCAGCAUGUUUGCUGGAUUUGUCAUUUUCUCUAUUGUGGGCUUCAUGGCUCAUAUCACAAAGAGGUCUAUUGCCGAUGUAGCUGCAUCAGGUCCAGGCUUGGCAUUUUUAGCUUACCCAGAGGCUGUUACUCAGCUGCCCGUUUCACCACUUUGGGCAAUUCUGUUCUUUUCCAUGCUGCUUAUGCUUGGAAUUGACAGUCAGUUCUGUACAGUAGAGGGUUUCAUCACUGCGUUGGUGGACGAGUUUCCCCGCUUAUUGCGAGGACGACGAGAAAUUUUCAUUGCUGUCGUCUGCGUUGUGUCUUAUAUCAUCGGACUGUCAAACAUCACGCAGGGUGGCCUCUAUGUGUUCAAGCUUUUUGAUUACUACUCUGCCAGUGGAAUGUGCCUGCUCUUCCUGGUGUUCUUUGAGUGCAUCUCCAUAUCCUGGUUCUACGGUGUCAAUAAGUUCUAUGGAAAUCUUGAAGAGAUGAUUGGAUACAAACCUUGCAUUUGGUGGAAAUUGUGUUGGGUGGUGUUUACACCUUUGAUUGUGGCUGGAGUGUUCCUGUUCAGCGCGAUCCAGAUGGUUCCCCUGACCAUGAAUAAUUACGUGUUCCCAAAGUGGGGACAGGGUGUAGGCUGGUGCAUGGCCUUGUCUUCUAUGGUCCUCAUUCCUGGCUACAUGGGCUACAUGUUCUUAACGUUAAAAGGCUCCUACAAAGAGCGUCUCCGGAUAAUGCUUCAGCCUACGGUUCUGGUCAAAAGCCAAGAGAAUGGGCCUGAGCAGCAACCCGAGAGUGUGAACGCAGUCAACGACGAGGCAUACAUCUAAAACCCUGGACAUUGCAGGCCCUACGGAACAAAAAUGAAACCAAGUAAUCAAGGUUGAACGCUAGC